GGCGUAACGUCGUACCUAACAAUUCUUCAGUCAUAUGACGACUACAGACUGUCAAAUGUAGGUAUAGUAAUAUGCAGCUUUUAGGAAAAGUUGAUUAAGCUAAAUUAUAAUAAACUUGGACCUAAUGAGGGAGUAGGAGAAACGACGGAGAUAUGUACAUAUGUGCAGUUUGGUGUCUCUCACGUUUUAACAUUUUUGUUAUGCAGCCACAGACCUGAACAACAUAUCCGGGUUUGAGAUUUACGUCAGUGAAACCAGCGAUUUCAUUAACUCCAAACUGUGCUACAGGGAUAACACAACUAUUGGCCAGUCAGAAUACGUCAUCAACUGUACUCAACCCCUGAAUGGUCUAUACGUUAAACUACGCGUUCCCAAGACAACGAGCCUUGCUAUUCGCGAAAUGGAAAUAUACAGGUGUGGAGUGUUCUGGUUUGGCGACCAGUGUGACCGUCUUUGUAACUGUCAACCACAUAAUCACAACUGUGAUGGAAUAACGGGAGAUUGCUACUAUGGAUGUCGAUCUGGAUUCAACGGAACCGACUGUUAUACAGAAUGCCCAGAAGGUACUUUUGGAUUCAGUUGCAACUCUGUCUGCCAUUGCAAAAACGAGUCCUCCUGUAACAAAUCUGACGGAACUUGCGAUGUCCAAGGUUGUGCGGCCGGGUACAAGGGACACAACUGCCAAAGUGAGUGCUAUUAUGGUGAGUUUGGAGAGGGAUGCCAGGGUAAAUGUCACUGUUAUCCGAGUCAUUCAGAUUGCAACAGAACCACCGGGCAUUGCGGGCGUGGUUGUUACGCAGGAUACACAGGAGACAACUGCCAGCAAGAAUGCGAUACAGGAAGGUACCAUGUGAAUUGCCAGAAAAUUUGCCACUGCAAGAACCAGGAGUCUUGUAACAAAGUUGACGGAACCUGUGACACACUUGGCUGUGAACCGGGAUAUCAAGGGCGUUCUUGUGAUAGAGCAUGUGAAACCGGUCGGUUUGGAGAAAAAUGCCAGUUCUUCUGUCACUGUAAGAACGCUACCUCGUGUAACCAUGCCAACGGAACAUGCGAUGAAUAUGGGUGCGCUGCUGGAUACAAGGGAGAUAACUGCCAAGAAGAAUGUGCGACCGGCCGUUUCGGAGAUAAAUGUAAGAACGAAUGUCACUGUAAAAACGUUUUCUCUUGUAACCAUAUCAACGGAACGUGUGAUGAAAGCGCCUGCGCUGCCGGAUAUAAAGGAGACAUCUGCCAAGAAACGGUAGAUAGACCUACUAACUCUAAAAAUCAACGGUCAUCGAAUGGUCUUCUGACUGGCGUGAUUGUAAUGGCGGUAAUUUGCGCCGCGGUGAUUUUGUAUGCAGUCAUCGCCACUGUCAAGGGACACCGCUGGUACAGAAGACUGCGUCAAGGGAUGAAUCCUUUUUAUCGAAUCACUGAGGUGUCCAAGCAGACGGAAGAUGAAAGAUCGUGAAAUGACCUAGCAGACCUACAAUUACGUCUCUUAUCCCCACCUCCCCCACAACGUUGGGUUUGUACUUCCAUAUCUUUGUUUUACUGGAAUAUUUAAUCGCUUUGAAAUCCUUCCGUGAUUUGCACAUACAUGUACAUAGUAAAAUCUACCGGAAUAAAACAAAUUACUCAGCCGUCGUAAGCUUUGUAUUUUCAUGCCUUGGUUUUAAUGCAAUACUUAAUCUUAUUGAAAUCCUUCCGUGAUUUGCUUUAAUUUCAUGACAGGUGUAGUCAGGAAUAGCAUUAAUAUCACACAUUGCCACCAUUUGCUUUAAUUUCAUGACAGGUGCAGUCAGGAAUAGCAUUAAUAUCACACAUUGCCACCAUUUGCUUUAAUUUCAUGACAGGUGCAGUCAGGAAUAGCAUUAAUAUCACAUAUUGCCACCAUUUGCCUUAAUUUCAUGACCGGUACAGUCAGGAAUAGCAUUAAUAUCACACAUUGCCACCAUUUGCCUUAAUUUCAUGACCGGUACAGUCAGGAAUAGCAUUAAUAUCACACAUUGCCACCAUUUGCCUUAAUUUCAUGACCGGUACAGUCAGGAAUAGCAUUAAUAUCACACAUUGCCACCAUUUGCCUUAAUUUCAUGACCGGUACAGUCAGGAAUAGCAUUAAUAUCACACAUUGCCACCAUUUGCCUUAAUUUCAUGACCGGUACAGUCAGGAAUAGCAUUAAUAUCACAUAUUGCAACCAUCAUACUUGAUAUUCAUAUCUUUUUGUAAUAAUUAUGGUACAUAUUUAUUCAGGAUUUGUUACAUGUACAUUUCUAAAUGUUUGUUAAAUAAAACAAAUGAAAAGAAUCUUAAAAGUUCUGGCUAAGAUAGAUAUAAAUUUCUGAUAGGAUAGAAUGGCUCCAUUGUUUUCUCGAAUCUAUCUAUUGCUGUGCCAGCAGGGGAUUUGGUUGA